AUGGCGGCAACAGCUCGAGCUCCCCGUGCUGAAGGAGACAUCUCAUCCGUCUUCGCCUCUCUCUCCGGCUCAGCUCCACAACCUCUCCCCGAUCGAUUCGCCGAUAUCAAAACAUCCCUUAUCCAAGGCCGAGAGAAAGAAAUCACAGCCUCGUGGCAACGUUUACUCUCCACGCUCCGAUCUGAAAUAGAUCAAAUCACCACCCACGGCUCCUCAAUCAUCCCCGAGAUCGAAUUCUCAGAAAUCAACAACUUCUCUCGAGUCCAGCCCUUCACCCGCUCUCUCAAGAAGCGUGGAGUAGCAGUGAUCCGAGACGUGGUCCCAGAAUCCGAAGCUCUGUCCUGGAAACAGGAAAUCAGGGACUACAUCCGCGCCAAUCCACAAACCAAGGCGUUCCCGAAAGACAAUAAAGCUGUUUAUGAGCUGUAUUGGAGUCCUGGCCAGAUCAAAGCUCGAGCGCAUCCUAAUGUUCUCGAGACGCAGAAAUUCUUGAUGUCGUUUUGGCACACGGAUUCUGAUCCCGCGGCAAAGAUCUCGACGAGCCAUCCGGUGUCGUAUGCUGAUCGGUUGAGGAUCCGUAUGCCAGGCGACGCGGGUUUUGCUUUGGGACCACACAUUGAUGGCGGCUCGGCCGAACGAUGGGAGAAAAAUGGUUAUGGGCUCGGUGCUGUAUAUGACAAGAUUUUUGAAGGGAGGUGGGAAGAGUUCGAUUCUUGGGAUGCGAGUGGGAGGGUCAAUGCCGAGAGCGAUCUAUACAAUGGUGCAGGGGCCUGCAGUAUGUUCAGGAUGUUUCAGGGGUGGUUGAGUAUGUCAAAUACUGGGGCGGGAGAGGGUACUCUGCUCGUCAAUCCGCUGUUCAACUUGGCGACUGCUUAUUAUCUUCUGAGGCCGUUCUUCUCGCCGAAGAUGGGAGAUGUUGGGAAGAGUGGAUUUUUGGAGACGGAAAAUUGGGAGCUGGAUCCCGUGCAAAGCACUGCCUUGCAAGGAGCGACGUUGGGCUGUGCUCAAGAGUUGACAACGGCUCUGCAUCCUCAUCUGGAGCUCGAGAAGAGCAUGGUCAGUGUUCCAAACGUCAAGCCAGGAGAUUAUGUGGCAUGGCAUUGUGAUAUGAUACAUGCUGUUGAUGGGAUUCAUGGUGGAAAAGGAGACUCGAGUGUUCUCUACAUUCCAGUCUGUCCGUUGACAGAGGCGAAUGCGAGAUAUCUAGUCACGCAGAGAGAGGCAUUCAAAAGCGGAACGCCAGGGCCAGAUUUUCCAGGAGGUGUGGGGGAGAGCCAACAUGUUGGACAAAUGAAGGAGAACGAUAUUAAGAAUGCGGGAGGAGAAGAGGGUCUGAAAAGCAUGGGAUUAAAGAGCUGGGAACCAAUGCUUCACCUUCAAGUAGAGAAAGUUUAA